CACGCAGCCCCGCCCAUGCAGAGCUGAGCGCCUGGACGGAACUGGGCUCGUUCUUCUGUUGGGAAUGUGAGGCUCUCGGUUCGGUCGUGCUCUGCGUUCGUCCGGAUCUUCCCUGUCCGCCGCUGCCGCGCCACUGCCACCGCUAGCACCGUCUGCCCGUAGUCCGCGCGUACACGCGGAGGCCGGGCAGCCGGGUCCGAGAGGCGCGCGCCUUCGUGGUCGCCGCCCCUCGGAAGCCUCCGGAGCCUCACACGGGUUCGCUACGGAGGGAGGCGGAGGCCUGCGGGAGGAGGCGGAGGAGGAGCGAGGGAAGAUGGCGGCCGUGGAGCUCGAGUGGAUCCCGGAGACGCUCUACAACACCGCCAUCUCCGCUGUCGUGGACAACUACAUCCGCUCGCGCCGCGACAUCCGCUCCUUGCCGGAGAAUAUCCAGUUCGACGUUUACUACAAGCUUUACCAACAGGGACGCUUAUGUCAACUGGGCAGUGAAUUCUGUGAAUUGGAAGUUUUUGCUAAAGUUUUGAGAGCUUUGGAUAAAAGACAUUUGCUCCACCACUGUUUUCAGGCCCUGAUGGACCAUGGUGUUAAAGUUGCUUCUGUCUUGGCCUACUCCUUCAGUAGACGGUGCUCUUACAUAGCAGAGUCAGACGCUGCAGUCAAGGAGAAGGCCAUCCAGGUUGGCUUUGUCUUAGGUGGCUUUCUUUCUGAUGCAGGCUGGUACAGCGAUGCUGAGAAGGUUUUUCUGUCCUGCCUUCAGUUGUGUACCCUACAUGAUGAGAUGCUCCACUGGUUUCGAGCAGUAGAGUGUUGUGUGAGGUUGCUUCAUGUGCGAAAUGGAAAUUGUAAAUAUCACCUAGGUGAAGAGACAUUUAAAUUAGCUCAGACGUACAUGGACAAGCUGUCUAAACAUGGCCAGCAAGCAAAUAGAGCUGCUCUCUAUGGAGAACUAUGUGCGCUCCUGUUUGCAAAAAGCCACUAUGAUGAGGCAUACAAGUGGUGCGUUGAGGCAAUGAAGGAGAUUACAGCAGGCUUACCAGUCAAAGUUGUGGUGGAUGUUUUAAGACAAGCUUCUAAGGCUUGUGUAGUCAAACGUGAAUUUAAGAAGGCAGAGCAGUUAAUUAAACAUGCAGUGUAUUUGGCACGAGAUCAUUUUGGAUCCAAACACCCAAAAUACUCCGACACACUGUUAGAUUAUGGGUUCUACUUGCUCAAUGUAGACAAUAUCUGCCAGUCGGUUGCAAUUUACCAGGCAGCCCUCGACAUUCGACAGUCAGUGUUUGGUGGCAAAAAUAUUCAUGUAGCAACAGCUCAUGAAGACCUGGCUUACUCUUCGUAUGUGCACCAGUACAGCUCUGGAAAAUUCGACAACGCGCUAUUUCAUGCAGAAAGAGCCAUUGGUAUCAUUACCCACAUCCUACCUGAAGAUCAUCUUCUUUUGGCUUCUUCAAAGAGGGUGAAAGCACUUAUAUUAGAGGAGAUUGCAAUCGACUGUCAUAACAAGGAGACGGAGCAGAGGCUGCUUCAGGAAGCACAUGACUUGCACUUGUCCUCACUGCAGCUAGCUAAGAAAGCAUUCGGAGAAUUUAAUGUACAGACUGCAAAGCACUAUGGGAACCUUGGAAGACUUUAUCAGUCAAUGAGAAAAUUUAAGGAAGCUGAAGAAAUGCACAUAAAAGCAAUUCAGAUUAAGGAGCAGCUCCUUGGUCAAGAAGAUUAUGAAGUGGCCCUUUCGGUGGGACACCUGGCAUCUCUGUACAAUUAUGACAUGAAUCAGUAUGAAAAUGCUGAGAAACUGUACCUUCGGUCGAUAGCGAUUGGGAAGAAGCUGUUUGGCGAAGGCUACAGCGGGCUGGAGUAUGACUACCGUGGCCUCAUUAAGCUCUACAACUCCACUGGGAACUAUGAGAAGGUGUUUGAGUACCACAACGUCCUGUCUAACUGGAACCGGUUGCGAGACCGACAGUAUUCAGUGACCGAUGCCCUUGAAGACGUCAACAGCAGCCCCCAGUCCACUGAGGAAGUGGUGCAGUCCUUCCUGAUGUCUCAGAAUGUUGAGGGACCAAGCUGCUGAGGACAGCCUCAGCUAACAAUUACCUUUUCCCAGAUUCCAGGGAAUUCAUACUGUGAAAUCAGAACCAUGUUGUUUUUAGGGCUGGCAUUUGCAUUGAAACACUGGUCCAGUCCACAGAAGACCCUGUUUCGGGUAGUCCUGCAUUGCAGUUCUGUAGAGUAAGCGUGUCUUGUUAUGUCAGCAUGUGCCGCGUGUAAGUAGUCCCACACUCUCACCCUAGUAGAACAACAGGAAACGUUUUUUUUUCUUUUUAAAAAAUAAUUCAUUUUUCAGAAAGUCUGAAAGAAAAAAAAAAGAACCCCUAAAUAAAACUAUUUAAGAGUUUAAAAGAGUUGCAUUCUUAUUAUGUAAGGAUGAUUUCAAAAACUUUUUAACAUAUAAUUCUUCCAUGUGGAGGCAUUCAAUACUGUAUUGUAAGGAAAUUUUAUGGAAAACUCUUUAUAUGCAGUAUGGAAAAGUAACACAGGUACUAAUAAGGGGGAGGGGCACCCUGACAUAGAUUUGGCCAUCUUUCCCAGAUCAGGGCAUGCAGCCAUUCCAGAACUGUUUCAGUGACGGACUGUCAGAUUCAUCUGACUGGACCAGUGUUGAUCUGUCAGUCUCAGGACACCAGCAGUUCUAACUGUUUUUGGUACCAUGGUGAGAUGCUCUCAAGUGUUUGCUGACAGGACCAGAAGGAUCUACGAGGACCAGGCAACCGUGGAAGGUGUUCAUUGGACCAGCGGCUUUAGAUUGUUACUUUAGUGACUGCACUUGCCUUUUUCAAUAAAAUGAUUUCAUUUAGGUAGAACUAGAACGCACAGUACUAAUGCAGGAGUUUUAUUUGCAUCGUAGAUACCAAACUGUGGGAUGUGGCAGUGUUGGUGGCAAGUCUUUAGUCAUGGUACAUAGAUGGCAGUGUCAUAAGCACGUCUGUGACCAUCUCCGCAGCCACCCCCGUUUCGUCUUUGCCCUGAUAGUCCAUGUUGUUAGCAAGCACACUGGCUAAGAGUCAGGAAGUGAGUCAUGUUCAGAUGAGACUUUAGGCUUACUGUAUGGUUUGUGGGGAUUAAAACGAUGAAUGCACACAAAAGAAAGUCUUAGAAAAUUCAUUACUGUUGAAAAUAAUAGUACAACUAGUCAUUUUAACUGACAUCCAGGACUUCAAUGGAAAAAUCCUCCAGUUACAAUGUCUGUUUUACUGAUUGGGGCUUUUGGUUUUUCUAAGUUUUUAAAGCUAGCCAGAUUAUUUAAUGUGGAGCUAACACUCAGUUCCUAAGUUGUGACAUGUAAUAAAAAGAAACAAAAAGAUCUUCUGCUGUUACCUCAAUUCUUAGCACAGUGGCCCACCUGGUCUGGUACCUCUGUGGUUAAGAAUCUGGGUUUCCCCCUAUUUUCAGGGGCUUCUGACUUGGCUGUUAGAUGCACUGCUCCUGGUAUUGCUUGGAGUGGUGGGUGAGUGGGUGUGUGUCGGUCAGGCUUUGUUCUCUUAGCAUGCUUGGUGGGUGAGGGGAAAGAAAGUUAUCAUGGAGAGACAGAAACGUUAAUUUAAAGACUUAAGAACUUAUCUUAAACAUUUUUUUUUACUUCCCAAUUUUACCUUUGUCUGAAAUUCUCUUUUCAGUCUUAGUGAUAGGCCAGUGGGUUAGGCCUUAGAAGGGACCUUAGUGGGGUGUCCCCCAGCAGGUGAGGCAAGCUCUCACCCUGACACAGCAACCUGGGGUUCAGACUUGAAUUUACUCCUCGAACCGAGCUUCCUUUAAAAUUCUUCAAAGAAUUAAAUUUGGCAACGCUUGCAGUUUAUGCAGCUGGCUCCCCUCCCUCCUAAUCACAGUCUUGUCAGAGUCACCUUUAUUACCAAGUAGUCCGUGUGACCCAGGAGUUGCAUUUCUAAGUGACUCAGCUGGAGCCUCACAAGCCUAUAUAUUUAAUACCUCCAAAGACAGUUUCACGAUAGGCUUUUUGUAUACUUUUAUUUGGAUAUUUAGAGUCCUGUGGUAUGUUUGUGGUAUAGGAAUGUCAUGGUAAAUUGUUUCUUAAUAAAUAUUUUAAAACAA